GGCUCGAUUUUGAACUGGCGCCCGGCCGGUCAUUUCCAUAUCGUCGCGAUGCUCCGCCUGACUGCGCUCGUGCUGCUCGUGCUAACGGCGAUGGCGUCGGCGCUCGACUUCCGCCUCUACGGCCUCAACUACAACAGCCGCCAGGGCGCCGACUGGGACCCGAAGAAGUGCAAGUCCCAGGACCAGAUCGAGACGGACCUGAGCAAGAUCAAGCGCAUCUCGGACCGCGUGCGCAUCUACAGCCUCGCCGACUGCAACCAAGGCCCAAUGGUGCUGGCCGCGGCCAAGAAGCUCGGGCUCAAGACGUGGCUCGGCAUGUGGGUGACCAACGAAGCGACGUUCGAAACCGAGAUGAAGGUGCUCAAGACGAUGGUGUCCAGCAUCGACGCCUCCGUCGAAGGCAUCCACGUCGGCAGCGAGAACCUCUACCGCAAGGACAUCACGCCCGAGCAGGCGAUUUCGUUUGUGACGACGGUCAAGACGUUCUUGACCCAGCAGCAGAUCAAGAUCCCGGUCUCGGUCGCCGACAUUGUCGAUGCGCUUGUGCAGUACCCGGCCGUGCUCGACGCGGUUGACGUGAUCCAAGCCAACUCGUUCCCGUUCUGGGAACCCGCCAACAUUGACACGGCCAUGAUCAACUUCAAGAUCAAGAUGGACAUGCUCAAGAAGGUUGCGAAAGGCAAGGAGAUUCAGAUCAGCGAGACGGGCUGGGCCUCGGGCGGCGUCAACGCCAACGCGUCGACUGCGAGCCCGGACAACCAAGCGACGUACUUGCUUAACUUUUACAACUACGCGACGGAGCACAAGCUCAAGUACUAUUACUUUGCCGCCUUUGACGACGCGUGGAAGGCAGUGCUGCCCAACAUGAAGAACGACGUCGAGGCCUUCUUUGGCCUCUACGACGCGACCGGGUCGCUCAAGCCCAAGAUCGCCGCCUUGGUGCAAACCAACAGCUCGAUUGAUCCGGACAACACGACCAUAACGGUGCUUCCAUUGACCAAGACGCCGAUGCCGGUGAGCCCCGGCGCCAAGCCCGCGCCGUCGUCGGCGGCGACUGCGUCGAUCGCACUGGCCACGACUGUCCUUGCGGCGGCGCUUCUUGCCUAAAUGCAGAUCAGAAGGUAUCGCAUAGUACGUUUCUGCGUAGGCCGCCAUCUUGGGCAUCUAAAAUUACUCGAGAUCUUUUUGAUUGCA